AGGGUUUUAUUUCCAAUCGGCGUCAUCAUGGCGGUACCGUCCCACAAUUCACACAUAGGCCCAAGGGGGACUGCGGAUACUCCAACAGCCGGUCGGAAUCCCCCGCCUGGUUACAAUGCCUAUUCCGCCCCUUACUACCCUACUACCAACACCUCGGACGGCUUGGGUGGAUCGAUUCAUGCUACUGCUACUCCACUGACCGGACGGAAUAAUGUACCACCAGAAGGUGCUCGGAACCGUGGGCCUUUUCGAGAGGCCGAGGGCCUGGCCCCUGGCACAACGCAGCAGUGGCUCAGGGCUAACGGGAGUAUGUCAUCGAGAGGGCCGUCAGGAGUGAGGGCUAAUGGGAAUCAAAGCCUAGAGAGUGACUCUAUAGCAACACCAUCAUUUUCCGCUAUUCCUCCAUCUGCUUCCUAUCCCGGCACUGCACGUUCAACAGCUUCGGUAGCAUCAUCAUCAUCACCGAGAUCCCUAUCAUCGCUGUUGUACAACCCGAGGGUUAAUAAUGGCAUCCCCAGUGUUGCUCCCUCGUGGGCUUCAACCUACAGAACGUCCCGAGCGGGUCCAUCCGCGGUUCGGUCUAUGCCUCAUCAUAAUCAUCCAGUAGCAGCAGCUCAGGUUAAUAGCACUCUUAGGACGGAGGCACUCCCCUUGGCUGAGCAAUAUCCUCCAACUCAGUAUUCUACUACAGAGAUGGUCUUGGCCGAAUUUGGUCCGAGGUACGCUGAUCUGAGUAAGCGAGAGCUUUUGAGGAUCAUCAGGCGUCACGCUCCUGAUGCCUUCCUCGAGGAGUACAAUCUUAAGGGGCAGAUCUACAAUGCUAUCAAGUCACGAUCCCAUACCCAGUUCGUACAACUUGCUGAACAGUUGAUGAAGAAUUAUAUAGUCUAUUGUGGUUUCCAGAACGGAGCUAGUUCACCGACUGAUCCGCAGGUUGCCGCUACUUCCGCUUCAAUUGUUGCUAAGAUGGGCGAUUCUGCUGGAGGUUCAGGAGUAGUUGCCCAGACCGCAAGAGAAAGCGAGGCUAGAGGCGAUGGGCUUAUUACACAGAUACCCACCGUGGGACUAGAUAAUGGGGCUGAUUACAAUGAUGAUGACACUGAGCAAGUGAAUACCCCUCCACCAGGAUUCGAGUCCGUCCUACCUACAUUAUUCCAUGUGCCUGCGGCAACCGAGGCGGCGGCGCCGGUGGCUGCUGACUUCGCCCCCUCCCUCUCCUCGUUUGAUAACAUGGCCACGGCCUCAGUGCAGGCAGAGAAGGGGAGCAGCGCUGCUAGCACUCUGAGUGUCGAUGCUCCAUCCUUCACCCCAAAUGUGGAGUUGCAGCACCAAGGUGGACGCCUUUCACUGCCACAGUAUCAACCAUCAGCAGUAGACUCUACUACUACUACUCCAGACGAUGAUGCCCUAGCUAAGUUGGCCGAGCAACUAGUGAGAACCUACGGCCUCAACCGUGCUGAUAUAAGCCUCUCGGGACUCCUCAGGGUGUCUCCUCAGAAUGCUGCUCCCACAACAGUAACGAACGUAUCAGUUGCGGGCUCGGGUCCGCGGACUAAUAGUAGCAGCGACAGUGUCGGUCUCUGCUCCAUGGGUGGCCUGUCUAGCCAAUUCGAUAUAUCCAACAGUAUGACCUCUGGAAGCAGUCAUUUGAGCGCCACUGCACCUGCCUUCACUCCUAGCAAUGCAAGCUGGUGGAAUUCCAUCAAUUCGGCGCCUUCAUCGUCCGACAUGGCUUCAGAGUCGUCUAUUGCGGUUCCAGCGUCUACUAGUAUUCCUGGUGCAAACCCUAUUACGAGUCUGCCAGUGUGGGGGAAUGCUGUUGCCAAUACCGGAGAUAACAUUGAAACAGCGACGUUAGCAUCGGUGAUUGCCAACCUGUCAUCGUCAUCAUCAUCUUCCUUGUCACCGUCGUCUAUUUCCUCAACGCCUCACCACCGCUCAAUCACGGGUGAUCUCAACACGACCACGGAGGCUUCUGAUAUUGGCUUGGCCCAGCACCAGAACGUGGUAGGUGGUCGAAGCCCUCAAGAGACGGGUGUCGGGAGAGCCUAUGAUUGAUAUUGUCCCGGUGUGGUGGUGAAUACUACCCUCAUAUGAGCCGUACUAGUGUUUGUACGGGUGUAAGGGAAUUCUCAUAGUACUGGCAGUGCUGCUAUCUUUCUCCCUCGUAUCGGUAUUGCUUGGGGUUAGCCUUAACUCUUCGACGCCAUCCCUUGUAGUUAUUAUUGUAGUCAACUCGGUCAAAGAAUCUAUAAGUAAUGUUCUGUCUGUAGCAUUCAUCACAUUAGUCGGUCGCCUUGUGUGACCAUCGUGUAACUCAAUACUUGAUCCUCCUCCUCCUCCAUUAUCUCUUCCAUCUCUCCUUCAUCAGAGAGCAGUGGGAAUAGGAGGAUGUGAGCUAUGAAUAACGAUAGCAGUCCUAUCAUCAGUAGAGGUACCACUCACAUUAUGUCGUUGUCAGCGAUAAUGAUGAUGAUCAUAGUGCUGCUGUUAGUGGUAGUCUUCACGGCGUUAUGAACAGUCGGAUUUUUGUUGUGCCGUGCGAGAUUCGGCUACUUUUUGGAUAAAGCAUUGCCCUGUCUGACUGUUCUCUCGCACCGUUCGUCGUUGUUGGUCUUGCGUUGGGGUCAUCCCAGCAUAGUCA